AUGUUCCUCGCACGUGCCCAGAUGUUGCGUUCCUCUAUUAGAGCUGUUAGGGCCACGGCUCGUGGGCCGGCACAACAAUUUGCUCGCCGAACGUAUGCCUCAGGACAGUCGCACGAGGGGAAGAAGUCGAGCGAUUUACCAUGGCUCCUGGGAUCAGUUGGUCUGGGCGGUCCCACAAUCUACUACUUAUCUCAGUCCGUACCGGAGAAGAAACCCCAUGAUCAUGAUCUCCACGGUGACGAGCACCAUGCGACUGUCGAAGAGGGGGAGAAGGGGCAGAAUGUAGCCGAAACACCCGCCGCAGCAGUAAAACCAGAACCACAACCUGAUCGUGACGCGGAGCAGAAAACUGAAGGGGAAUCCAAGCCCGAGGAACCGCAGGGAUCAUCCCUGGGAGAGGCGCACUCGAAUGUGGAUCCGCAUGAGAGUCGGAAAGCGCCUGGCGAUUCGACUGGUAGUAUUUCAGCGAAACAGGAAGGUAUUUCCAAUACCGACACAUCGAAUCCUCUUGUGAACGAACCGGGGGAGAAUAUAAAGUCUGAAGCGGAGAUAGAGACAGCCAAGGCCAAGGGAGCUGUUUAUCCGGAACAGCCUCAGGCUUAA